AUGAGGUUUCAGCAUAUCCUGAAAAGCAUGGUAACGUUACAGAAGAAAUCACAGCAGCAUAAAGGCCUUGGAAAAGUUAUUUCGCAAGGCAACGUUACCCCACUGGAAGAACCUUGCUCUUGGCAAAAGAAGUUGUUAAACGAAAUAGCGGAGCAUCAACUUCUUAAUUACCUUGACAAGACGUACGGCUUACCUAUCAGAAACACGGCGCAUAGCGUCAAAUUUUCCCGUGCGGGACAAGCCCUCGCAGUUUGUCGAACAGACAUUUAUUCACUUAUGCAUCGUUCCUUGCUACAGCAAGAUGGCCAUAGUGAAAGCUUGUACACGGAGAACUCAACGGCGGUCAAGGAUUGCCCUCAAAGUUUGAAGCACGGUUACUACAGCAAACAAACGCUGUCCACCUGCAAUCAAGGCGACAAAAUGUUCCCUUCUGUUUGGACAUCAACACCUACAAUGUUAGGGAUAAAGCUACUUGACCUUACUUUAUUCCAAGAAGACUACACGGUGGUUUAUUUUUACAUGUAGCUAAUUACUUAUCAGUUCUUGAAAGCAUUUUAGUUAAA